AUGGCUCCACCUCAGAUAAAGCAAGAUCUGAAUCGGUCGGGCUGGGAGACGACCGACUUCCCAUCCAGUUGCGAAAACUGCCUGCCCGACAACCCUUAUGUUCAGAUGCUGAAGGAGGAACACGGCGCUGAGUGCAAGAUCUGCACACGACCAUUCACGGUUUUUCGGUGGAAAGCCGACCGAACUGCAAGAACGAAGCGAACAAAUAUUUGCCUCACGUGCGCGCGACUCAAGAAUUGCUGUCAAUCCUGCAUGCUCGAUCUAUCAUUCGGCUUGCCCAUCACUGUUCGAGAUGCCGCCCUUAAAAUGGUGGCCCCAGGCCCGCAGUCCGAUGUGAACCGUCAAUUCUAUGCGCAGGAACACGAGAAAGAGAUCGAGGAAGGUCGAGGCGCAGUCGAAGCAUAUGAGAAGACAGACGAGAAGGCAAGGGAUCUGCUCCGCAGACUCGCCAACAGCGAGCCAUAUUACAAGAAACAGCGACGGCUGGAAGCAGAAGGAACUCAGUCCGAAGAACAGCCAAAGCAGCAGAGACAAAGUGGUUAUGGACCGGGGCCAGGUCCAAUCCGGACUGCGGACUCCAGAAGAGCCGCUGCGCAGCGAGGCACCAAAACAGGCCCAGGCGGAGCCAGACUUGUCACCGCAGCUCGACCACCUCAACCAGAGGACUGGUUACCCCCUGCCGACCCCAAUAUUACAUCGCUGUUCGUUACCGGCGUCGAGGAUGACUUGCCUGAGCAUGCCAUCCGUACCUUCUUCACUCCCUUCGGCCAGCUCCGUUCAAUCGUUUGUUCGCACCGUGCGCAUUGCGCAUUUAUCAACUAUGCCACCAGGGAAGCCGCCGAAGCCGCCGCCGCGCAUUGCCAAGGGAAAGCAGUCAUUCAAGGAUGUCCGCUGCGGAUCAAAUGGGGUAAACCGAAGCCCCUAGACAAUACCGAUAGAGACCAGCGAAUGGCAUGGGCCAGGGAGGGUCGAGACCAAGCCGCUGCCAUCAAGCAGCAGCAACAAGGUGGUCAGAGAGCUAUUGCCGCCGGAGAUCAACAAGCUUUAAUCGAAGGUGCUGGUGAAGAGGGUGACACUGCUAGUUUCAUCGUUGCACCUCCGCCGGGUCAAGGAGAGGCCAAAUAUGCUAGCUUAGCUGGGGAUUGA